AUGUCUAAUAUACGAGUUUCUUCGCACCCUCUUGUUGCUCACAAAAUUUCCAUUCUUCGUAAUAAAAAUACUAAGCCAAAGCAAGUUCGAGAGCUUAUGCGCGAAAUUGGGCAACUUCUUGGGUAUGAAGCUACUGCAGAUUUACCUACAAAGGUUACUUUUAAUUUGGAAAGUCCUUUAACCUCUUAUACGGGAACUGAAUUAGCUACUAGAAUCGGGCUAGUACCUAUAUUGAGAUCAGGUCUUAGUUUUGUUGAUGCACUUGAAGACAUGGUUCCAACAGCUAGAGUCUUGCAUCUUGGAAUUUUUAGAGAAAGGAUAUCGCUUCAACCCGUAGAAUAUUAUAAUAAGUUGCCUUCGGAACCCAAUGUUGAUCAAGUUAUAGUUUUAGAACCAAUGAUAGCUACAGGAGGAACUGCUGUUGCUGCAACCAGUAUUCUUAAAGAUUGGGGCAUUAAAUCAAAAAUUAAAUUUAUUACCAUAUGCGCAUCACGCCAGGGUCUUGAAAAUUUAAUGAAACAUCAUCCAGACGUUGAAGUUUUUGUUGGUGUAAUUGAUGAUAUCUUAGAUGACCAUGGGUAA